AUGUUUCGUGUUAUAAGAAAAUCGAAUUUGUUUGUCUUUUUUCUAAUAAUCUUAGUACCACCUGUUCAAUCAAUUUUAUCUCAUACAUCAACUGCAACAUUCGAUUCCAAUCAAGCAUGUUCAUCUGCUAGCUCAAUUGAUAGUCAUGCUGAUGAUUAUAUUUUGCCUCAAAAAUCAAUUUUCAUAACUGCGUCUCACCUAACUGAUGAACAAAUAGAUCAUCUUGAUCAAUUUCUUCAACAUUUUAAUAUUCAUUAUUCAGAUGAAAUCGAUGAACAAACAACACAUUUAAUAACUGAUGAUACAACAAUUCCAUUUGUUUGUGCUUUAUCAUCAAAAGUUGUUCAUGCAUUAGCACGUCAUUUAAUUGUUUUAUUAAUACGUUGGAUUGAUGAAUGUCUUCACAUUGUGAAAUACGUGGUGAUUUAA